GUGCAUGUGACGGGAUAGGACAGGACAGAGCGGUGCUGUGAGGAGCCCCCACACAGCAGCUCAUUCCUUGCUGACCCAGAGCUUUUCCGAGGCAUUACUCCUGCGGCUGGUCUCACGGCCAGACCUCGGGACUCGCUGACUUGGAGCUUUUCCAAGGCAUCCCCCAUCCCUGCCGCCAGUGCCUUCGUGGCAAGGCUGUGGGACUUGGUGACAUCCAUUGUUCACGAGGAGUCUCCUGUCAUUGUGGCAGGAGCCCUCGGGAACACAGUGCAGGACUUGCUGUCCUGUAGUCUUCCUGAGGCCUCUCUUUUGCAGGUGCCUGCAAGGCGUGACUGCGGCAUCGCUGACUCGGACCUUUGCCAAAGCAUCUGUCUCGAAGGUGUCCUCAAGGUCGGACAGCGGGAUAGCGAGCAGGGUGUUCAGCCUGUUCAGGAGGCUUCAGGGGAAGAAAAAGAACGGCCCUGCAGCUGCCCCAGCACAGCAGCCUGCGGAACCGGAGCAGUUGCAGCCACUGCAGGAUGAUGCAGCCAAGGACCAGACUCAGGAGCAGGACCCCACCCAUGGCCGCUUCCGCAGAGCGGUGCAGGCGCUGCGGAGGUUCCUGCGCAUUCGGUGCAGAAAGACCAGCGCCACCAUGACCAAGAGCACGGCCGACCCUGACUCCAGGCCCAGCGAGCUGCAGACAGAGCCUGCUGCCAGCACAGCGUCCUCUGAGCUUGCUGCAACCUGUGACCGGGCAGCGGCCGAGGGCAGGGCAGAGGCUGACAUGGCCCUGACUGAGGGCAUGGCCACCUCAAACAACCAGACUCAGGCCAUGCCACAGACUGACGCCAUGACUGCACGAACUGUGUUAGCCACGGUGAAGGACAUUCUACAGAGACUCGGGUCCUGCGACACUGUGGAUGCCGAGCUGCAAAUGGAUAUUGUGAGCCUGACUGAAAAACACCCUGCUCACGUGGUGAUGAGCCUCCUGCACUGUGCCCCAUUGUGUGACAGAGCUGCCACACUGAUGUGGAGGGCCAUGGGAACCUCGGAAGUAGCCGCGGAGGAGGUGCUUCCAGCGCUGCUCUGUGUGCUAGAGAAGCAGCCACCGUACGGCACGUUCUUCUGCAGCGGGGACGAGGCCGUCUUUGCCCUGGCUGCAACUCUGGUGCUGUGGAGGAUUGCCCCCCUGUCUGAGUGGCACUACGGAAUACUCCUUCAUUCUCCCCAGCUGUUUGUGGAUCUGCUCUUGCAAAUUUUCAUCACCACAGAGCAGAUGCCAGAGAAUGUUCAGAACUUCUGGAGAGUGUGUCAGGAGGAACACGGCCUUCCCAGUGACCCCAACAGGUUUGCAGCGCAGACCAUGAAGGCUCUGCUCUCCCAGCUGGGCUUUGACAAGAAGCUGGUGGCUCUGGAGCACCUGCAGGUCUGGGACACCCUGCUCUGUGCCGACACCCAGCAUGAGGCAGCAGGCCUGCUGGCCAGGGAGAUGCGCUGUGGCUUGACCCCCUUGUGUCCCCACAUGGCCUCGCACCUGCUCAGCCUGCUCAUCGGGAAGCAGCCACACUGGGAUCUGCCUGCCCUGGCGUUCUUGGUGGAGCUCCUGGAAUGUCUGGACUUGAGCCAACACGGUCCCAGUGCCCUGUGGGUCGUAUCCAGGCACCUGCCGAGCGAGUGCAGGGAUAGGCUGCUCCUGCAGCUCAGAGGCCUCGUGGUGCUCAGCAAGGAGCCCUCGCUGAGCGGAGAAAUACGCGGCCUCUAUCAACACCUGCUGGAGCAGCUGGCUGAUCCCAAUGCAGAGAUGGUCUGGAUGACCCUCUCUGUGCUCACGCAUGUGCUCCAGGACAAAGACCAUAAGAUAGCCAGCAUCACCACCCUGAAGCUGGCUGAGGCCCUGCUGCCACACUUUGACAACGACAACAGCCAGGUGCAGCUGCUCUCCAUUCAGCUCUUCAGCAAGGUGAUGGAGCUGGUAGUGGAAGAGGGGGAAGAGCCUCUCACGAGAAUUGUGAGCCAGAGCCUGCUCCCUCUAUUCCUGCGCUGGCACGAUGAGAACCUGCACGUGGCCAAGGCCUCUCACGAAGCCCUGCUUUGUGCGGCACGCUUCCUGAGGAGGACGGACCUUGAGGAGCUGCUGACGAAGGAGCAGCGGAUGAAGUUUGUCCAGAGCCUGCGCCGCACCCGGGGCCGCCAGCCCGCGCCCCGCGCGCUGCUCCCUGCCCUGGGCCGUGCGGGCCGGCUCGGCCGGUGCUGGGCGCAGGGAGCGCCCGGCCGAGGGGCAGAGCCCGUGCCGAGCCUUCGCUCCCCGCAGCUGCUGCAGGAUGCGAGCCGAGCGGCCGAGCACCUGCGCUGGGCCCUGCCGCGCCUGCAGAGCCCGCAGAGGCCCCUGCGAGAGGCGGCCGUCAGGAUCAUCGGGGUGGCCGGAUCGCUCAUGACGGGGCAGAAGGAGGAGCUCCGGGUCUUCGCUGAGGUUCUUCAAGCUGUCAGGGAAGAUCAGAGUCCAUCCUGCAGGAACACAUUGAUGCAGAUUGCAUUGGAAAGAAGACCUGAGAGACUUAGUUUGUCUGCUGGAUCAGAUGGAUGUGCUCACACAUGUGCUCCAGGAGAGUCCUUCAGUGAUUUCCAGCUCCCAUUGGCGAUGGGAACACCUGCAGAGGAGAAUGGACCAGCUGGAGCUCCAGGCACAGCUCUAGCUGCUCACAGCUGAGCCUGUGGAACGCUCCAGGAGCCAUCCCUGCUGCCAUCUCUCUCCCUGUUAGCAGCUCCCUCCCUGUAGCCCUCAGACCCUGCCCAUCCCCUUUUUUACCUCCCCAGCUGACCCCUUUCCUUUGCUUCUCCUUAAUAAAGAGUUUGGCUUUUUCUGAAACCCAAAGGCAGGAGCACCUGCAGAGCAGAAUGGACCAGCUGGAGCUCCAGGCACAGCUCUAGCUGCUCACAGCUGAGCCUGUGGCAAGCUCCAGGAGCUCCUGCCAUCCCUCUCCCUCUUGGCAGCUCCCUCCCUGCAGCCCUCAGGCCUUGUCCAUCCCCCUUUUGACCUCCCAGCUUACCCCUUCCCUUCUCUUUCCCUUAAUAAAGUUUGGCUUUUUCACGUUA